AUGAAAGAUGUUGAUGAAAUUGUCAAACAAAGACGUGCAAAAAGCAAAGGACAAUUUGAUGAAAAUAAAAAAAAGUUAAGAGAUAUUGCAGUUGAGAAAUUUGUAAGAUGGAUGUAUGAUGCUGGAAUUCCCUUCAAUGCUGUUAAAUAUGAUUCUUUUGAGCCUUGUAUUGAAGCUAUUGGACAAUUUGGAUCUGGGAUGAAACCUCCAUCAUAUCAUGAAGUGAGGGUUAAGUAUUUGAAGAAGGAGUUGGCAAAUACGAACUCACUUCUCAAAUCCCAUGAAGAAGAUCAUGCUAAGUUUGGGUGCACAAUCAUGGCAGAUGGAUGGACAGAUAAAAAGGGUAGAACUCUUAUAAAUUUUUUGGUGAGUGGUCCUAAAGGAAGUGUAUUUGUCGAAUCAGUUGAUGCUUCAGGCUAUUCUCACACAGCGGACAAAAUGUUUGAGUUGCUUUCUAAAUUUGUGUAUCACAUUGCAGAAAAAAAUGUGGUUCAGAUUGUAACAGAUAAUGCAAGCUGCAAUGUCAGUGCAGGUCGUCUUUUGGAAAACCGAUUUCCACACUUAUACUGGACUCCCUGUGCAGCUCAUUGUUUAGAUUUGUUGCUUGAGGAUAUAUUCAAAAUUCCUCAUCUCAGAAAAUUGCAUGAACGGGCAUUGAUGGUGAAUGGUUAUAUUUACAACAGACCACAAGUAUUGAGCAUGAUGAGAGAGUUUACUGGACAGAGAGACAUGGUAAGAACCACAAAGACACGUUUCACAACCGCUUUUUUGACUUUAAAGCGGUUUCAUGUACAACAAGCAAAUCUGAGAAAGUUGUUUACAUCUGAAAAGUGGGCAAAUAGUCGAUUUUCCAAAGAGGCCACAGGAAAACGUGUAGCAGAAGUGAUAUUGAUGCCUUCUUUUUGGAAAAAUAUGGUUUUUACAUUAAAAGUUGGUGGUCCAUUGGUGAAAGUAUUACGGCUGGUAGACGGUGAAAAAUGA